AUGCAUAUGCUGGACGAAAAUGUUCAAUUCGAAAAAUCCCGUGAAAUCAUUCCCCCAACAACAUUCAAUCAUUUUAUUAAUUUAGCCGAACUAGAUUUAUCUUGGAAUCAAAUUGUGUAUCUAGAAGAAGGGACUUUUGAAGUUUUGAAAAUGACAAACUCUUUUCGAGAUGUGUAUAACUUUAUGCCACAAUAUUUUUCUCUUCUUUUGAGUACGACGCAAAUUGAAGAAAUUUAUGCAGAUAAUAACAAUUUCGUAGAAGCUUUUGGUAACGAAGAAUUUUUCAUGCUACCUUCCACAUUGAAAGUGUGCGAUUUUGCAAAUAACAGACUUUUGAAGUUCCAUUUUGGAAUGCCUUACUUGUUGACAUUGAACUUACGUUAUAAUUCGCUAGUUUAA